AUGGCGACAGAUACGUCUAAAUAUAAAUUCAAUCACACGAUGAUUCGGGUGAAGGAUCCGAAGCGGUCGAUCGAGUUCUACAAGUUCCUCGGUCUCAGCCAGAUCCACGAGUUCCAUGUCCCCGAAGCCAAGUUCUCCAACUACUUCCUUGCCUACACCGGGCCCGCCUCGCUGCAGGGCGACCGUCACUUCUCGGAUCGUAAUGGUGUCAUUGAGCUUACCCACAACCACGGCACGGAGAAUGACCCCGAGUACAGCGUGGUGAACGGCAACACAGAGCCUUACCGGGGCUUCGGCCACUUGGCUGUCUCUGUCGACAACAUCGAGCUGGCCUGUCAGCGCCUGGAGGACGCGGGCUACAUCUUUCAGAAGAAGCUCACUGACGGGCGCAUGAGGCACAUCGCCUUUGUCAAGGACCCGGAUGGGUACUGGGUGGAGAUCAUCAAGCUGGCGGACCAGGCCAUCUCUGCGACGACCGACCCGAAGUCCUACCGCCUCAACCAUACCAUGAUCCGAGUCAAGUCCGCCGAGGCCAGUAUCAAGUUCUACGAGGAAGUCAUGGGCAUGAAACUCGUCCGCACCGUCGAGAACCCAGACGCCAAGUUCAACCUCUACUUCCUCGCGUAUCCGGCUGCUAACCCCAGCAUCAAGGAGGGUGCUGCAAACCCCAUCGCCGGGUGGGAAGGUGUGCUUGAGCUGACCUGGAACUACGGCACCGAGAAGCUGGAGGGCAAGGUCUACCAUGACGGCAACGCGGAGCCCCAGGGUUUCGGCCAUAUCUGCAUGUCUGUUGACAGCCUCGAUGCCGCCUGUGCUCGAUUCGAGUCCCUCAACGUGAACUGGCGCAAGCGUCUGACUGACGGUCGCAUGAAGAACAUCGCCUUCAUCCUCGACCCGGAUGGGUACUGGGUGGAGAUCAUCCAGAACGAGGCUCUGGCGCAGUAA